GUCCCUGCGGCCGGGCGGGGCAGUACCUCUCCGGCUGGAAUGCGGCUCCGCUGGCUCCGGCCACGCCUAUCGCUCGCGGAGCUUCCGCCGCCCUGGGCCCCUCGUCUGUCCUCCCCUGACGGGCGGUGCCAGUCUGCAGCCCGCGGCAACCAAGGGGAGAGACGCAGCCGGGCAGGGAUGGAAGACUGGGUUUACUGUCUCUCUCUUUUUUGUGCGGUGUUUUCUGCAAGAGUCCUUGGUUUUCCAGAUGGAAAAAUCAACCCAGCUUGUGAUUCUAUGUUACCUAGUCAUGGUAACUUUGUUUCCCAAACUACCUCAGCACCUUACAGGAUCUCCAUAUCCAGCACUUCAUUUGACCCAGGAAACAAGAUCACAGUGACUCUACAAGGAAUUGACAAUUCCACUUUUAAAGGAUUUUUACUGCAGGCCCAAGCAGUUAGCGGAGAUGGUAUUGUUGGUACUUUUCAAAUCAUAGAUCCAAACACGCAAGGUCUUUUGUGUAACCAAGUUCAGAAUUCUUCAGUGAGUCACACAGAUCGCAACAGCAAGAAAAAUGUAACAGCAAUUUGGGUAGCACCAUCAGGCACAGGAAAUGUACAAUUCAGAGCAACUGUUGUUCAGAAUGUGAGUGUUUUCUGGACUAAUGUCAGAAGUCAAACUCUUGUGUCUUCCAGUUCCUCUGUUGACUCAGGGAAUGACGACAUUUAUAUCUAUGGUAAGAAUGCAACAGGACAAAUAGAAGUUCAACAUGGCUUUUCAACUGGACGAACUAGUCCCAACGGUUUGUCGCUGACCUCUGGACGUGAAGGCUGUGGCACACAGAAGUUCUGUUUCAUCAGUCCUGCUGGGUGUAAUCUGGAUGAUCCAAAUUGUUAUUUCAUGUCUUCUGAGUCACUAGGUGGUGAUGCUUUUAAAUUUGAAAUGAGCGGCCUUUCUGAUGGAUAUAUAGCCAUUGGGUUUUCUGAUGAUACACAAAUGGGGAAUGACGACAUUUAUAUCUGUGGUAAGAAUGCAACAGGACAAAUAGAAGUUCAACAUGCCUUUUCAACUGGACAAACUAGUCCCAACGGUUUGUCGCUGGGUGAUGUUCAGAGCAUAAUGACUUCCUUUAACAAUGGAAUCAUCAACUGCUCUUUCAUUACAAGAAAUCCCAUAUCGACUCAGUCAAAAGCUGCCAGCAAUUUGUACUUCAUAUUUCUGGCCCAGGGACCAUCAUCAGCUGGACAGAUACAGAAGCAUCCUAGGACACCCUUUAUCACUCCUCAGAAAGUGAACAUUUCAAGCUAUGAAGCAGUAGGUGGCACCAGUUCUACACCUUCUAUUAUUAAGGCUCAUGGGGCCCUGAUGCUGAUAGCCUGGAUGACCACAGGAAGUAUAGGAAUGAUAUUUGCUAGGUAUUUGAAGAAUGCUAUCGGAAAAACUCUCCUUGGCAAAGAUAUUUGGUUUCAGAUUCAUUUGUCUCUGAUGGUGAUAACUGUCGCAGAAACAAUAACUGCCUUUGUACUGGCCUUUGUAGCAGUAAUGGGAUGGGCUAAUGAUGCAGAAGCCCAUGCUGUCAUCGGAUGCAUUGUCAUGAUUCUUUCUUUCUUUCAACCAGUGAUAGCUUUUUUUCGGCCUUCUCCUCAAAGUAAAAGGAGAUUUAUUUUUAACUGGUUUCAUGCUCUAAAUGCUUUUGUCAUAAAAGUCCUGGCCGUUGCUGUCAUAUUUCUGGGACUGCAGAUGCUUGACCCAUCUCCCAGCCGAUGGAUGGUCAAAACUAUGGGAGGAUUUGUAGGAUGGGAGGCAUUAGUGUACAUAAUGCUUGAUGCAAAUGCUUGGUUGAAAAAGAAAGAGAAAUAUGAAGAUUCACAUAGGAAGGUAAAAAAUGAAAUGGUUCUAUUUUUAAUAUAUACAUGUGGAAACCUGGCAUUUUUAAUAGCACUGCUUGUGGGAAUUGGAAAAUCCUAAAAUGGACAGAACUUAUCUUGGAGGAAUGAAGAUUAUUCCUAUCUUGAGACACUUCUAGAGUAAAUACAAAAAAAAUGAACACUGAAUAGAUGUGUUAGCAAGUUUUUAAUUGUUUAUAAAUAAUAUUUUAUGUUCUCUAAUUGACACAUUAUCAUUUUCUACACAAUAAUUGAAAAUAAUUUUUAUAAAUGAGAUUCCAUUAGCUACUUAUUGGAGAUGUUCUACACAGUAUAGUAUGAUACAGAUAAUUAUUUCUGACAUGAAAGGUAAGAAGGCAAUAUAUAAAUGCUAGGUGUUCACAGUUGUUUCAUAUUACACUCCUUUCUAACCUUUGUCGAUGUUUCCAUCUUUAACAAGAGAGGAUUUGUUUGUAUAGAGAAAAAGUUGAGGACCUGAUUUUCAUAUGACUAAUUUAGACUGAACUGCACAGGCAAAUCUCUAUGCCCACCAGAGUCCUGUUGGCUUCAGGAUUUCAGUGAGGCUCAGUGCAGGCUCAGAGGUCCAUCGGCAAGGUUCCCAGUACAAGGUCAGGGCCACAGAGCAUGUCUACACAGGAGCUGGAAGGUGUAAUUCCAGCUCAAGGAGAUAGACCUGUGCUGUCUCUGAUCAAGUUAGCACUCAAAAAAACAGAAGCAUCAUCAUGGCUGCACAAGCAGCAGAACAAGGUAGCUACACUGAGUACAUACAUAUGGUCUUGGUCUCUCAUGCCACAGUGGCCAUACUUCUUUUUUUUUUUUUUAGCAUGCUAGCUUACUCAGAGCUAGCUUAGCUAAGUCUCCUCAAGCUGGAAUUUAAACCUUCCAGCUCCUGUGCAGACCUAUUCCCAGACUACUGUAGGCUUCUGUUCCCAGUGAUGUCAACCAAAAAACUCCCUCUGACUUACAUGGUGCAGGAUCCGACCUAUAGUCAGUGCCUGGCUGUGUUCAUGCUUGUUCAGAUUUAAUGGGUAUUUCUAAUAUAAUUCCUUGUUUUCAAAUGCUCAUAACUUUCUUUUUUAGUCUGAAAACAGGAACAUGAGAUUUAAAAUGCAGCUAUGUUUUGAAAAUUGUAAAGGUCCCAGAACCCAUGAUGUACUCUAUAUAAGCUUCUUUUUUAUUAAUUGAUUGUAGUUUUUAUAAUGCAAUGUACAUAUGAUGAAUAAUAAAGCAGGUCUCAGAACAGG